CGCCGUGACAUCACGUGACUUGUUUUGACGUUUGCAUCAUGGCGGAAGAGGUUGUAGAAACAUCAUUCAUGGACCCUUUCAAAGAUAUUCUGGUUAAUUAUUUAAUGCCAGAAAAAUGUUAUGACGAGUUCUUUUUACAGUUCAAUCUUCUGCACGUGGAUUGUCUGAAGAUUGUAAUCAGCAAAGGCCUGGGCAUUGGGAUUAUUCUUGGUUCUGUAUUAGUAAAACUACCUCAGAUUCUAAAGCUGAUUGGUGCCAAAAGUGCUGAGGGACUGAGCUUUAACUCCGUGCUACUGGAGCUGUUUGCUAUCACAGGCACCAUGGCCUACAGUAUUGCUAACAGCUUCCCUUUCAGUUCCUGGGGUGAGGCACUUUUCCUCAUGCUUCAAACCGUAACAAUUGGUUUUCUCAUACAGUACUAUGGAGGAAACACCAUCAAAGGUUUGGGGUUUCUGGCAGUCUAUUGUGGUCUGCUGGCAGUCGUUCUCUCUCCCGUGACCCCAGUGUCCGUAGUUACUACCAUGCAAGCCUCUAAUAUGCCAGCCAUCAUCUUUGGACGGUUAAUUCAGGCUGGUACCAACUACAGAAAUGGCCACACUGGACAGCUAUCAGCUAUUUCAGUGUUUCUGCUGUUUGCAGGCUCCUUAGCACGCAUAUUCACUACAGUGCAGGAAACGGGAGAUUCCCUCAUGGCUGUCACCUACAUCAUUUCUUCUUUCUGUAAUGGUGUGAUCGCAGCUCAGGUCCUCUACUACUGGAACAGCAGCCCUGUCCUCAGGAAGAAGACUGAGUAGAUCCGAACAACAGGCAAAUUCAGUGACCACUUAAUUUGACAAAGUGCACUGGACAGUCGAUCAGGGAAUUAGAUGUACUUUAAUCAAAAUGACGGUUCUUGUGAAAUUAAGCUCUGUCACUUGUUAAAAGCAUUUAUUGUUAACAUAUCAGUGCUUACUUAAGAGGCAGGCACAAAUACUGUAUAAUGAACACAUUCAAGUAUUCCAGGUGAACUGAAGUGGACCAAAAAGCCAGUAUGGCGAGGGGUGCUUCUAUAAUUAUUGAAGUUUUUUCACCUUUUUAUUACUUUUUAUGGUAGUGGGCUAUUUAAUUAGGCUGUUAAAUUUUUUUGAACUUUCUUUUCUUUAGGGAAGGAAAUUGUGUCCUUUGCCUUCUUGCCUUCAACCAUAAAUUUAUAAACAUUAUGUAAUAAAUCUUCAUAUAUUAUUGCUGACAUACUGUCUUACAGUACUGUCUUAUUGCUCACUUUACCCUGGCUCACUUUGUGGAAAAAAGUCUGCCAAGAUUUUUCUAAAUGUACAUUUCAGAAUUGUAAAAAUUACCAAAAUAUUUUAAAAUUGCACAUAUAAAUAGUGUCAUCAUAUGCUAUAGGCAGCCCUACUAGAACAUCAUAGGGGAACUAUUAUCCCCACAAGAAACUAUUAGUUUUUUGUUCUAUGUAGACAAAUCCAACCAAGUCUUCCAGAAUCUAGAAAUGCCCAUGUUGCUUUACACUCUAGAAAAGACAUUCUGUUGCAUUUGACAAAACAAAGCUUUUUCUUUAGGUUAUGUAUAGAGUCUAGUGAAUCGAUUACAGUUGUAUUUCUUUAGUUGCAGUGGUCAUGCAACACGUAGCCAUGCUGUUGAGUGUAAUUGUAGAAAUGUACUACAAAUAACUUAUA